AUGGGGAAUUCACCCCAACCUCCACCACCCCGAAAACGCCCCGGGACCCCUGUCCCCCGCCGAGCCCGGCGGCUCCUGCACCUCCGUCCCGGCUGCGAACUCCACGCCCAGGCGCCGACGAACGGGUGGGGCGCGGCCGAGGCUCCCCGUGGAAGCAGAGGUGACACCACGGGGCCGGCUCCGGGCGCCGGGACGGCGGGGUCACAAGCCGGUGACGAGGCGGGCUGCAGCCGGCGCCUCAGCAACCCGAGCGCGCGGCGUGUGAGGCCGGCGGAAGAGGCCGCGCGGGGCGGGAGCCGCUGGCUCCAGUCCCGGGUCCGAGGCGCUGCCCCCGCUUUCCUGCGCACUCUCGGUCUCUCGGCCUCCCGGAGCCUCGGGUCUGCUUGUCGCCAGGACGCCAGCGCUUCCUCCGCGAUCCGGCCCAGUGGCCGCAGCCGCCUUCUAGACGCCGAGCAGCGGGGGCGGACCUGCGUCUCUCAGCGCGGGAACAGUCAUAAGGCAGAGAAGUUUUUUGAAUGUAAGGAAUGUGGGAAAGUGUUUAAUCGUUCCUUCUCCCUCACUAUACAUAUGCGAACUCACAGUGGGGAAAAGCCCUAUGAAUGUAAGCAGUGUGGGAAAGCCUUUAGUCAACGCUCAGCCCUCACUACACAUAUAAGAACUCACACUGGAGAGAAGCCUUAUAAAUGUAAGGAAUGUGGGAAAGCCUUCCGUUGUUCUUCAUUCCUAAUAAAUCAUGUAAGAAUUCACAGUGGAGAGAUGCCUUUUGAAUGUAAAGAAUGUGGGAAAGUGUUUAGGCAAGCCUCAGACCUCACUACACACAGAAGAAUUCACAGUGGAGAGAAGCCUUAUGAAUGUAAGGAAUGUGGGAAAACCUUCCGAUGUUCCUCACACCUUACCAUACAUAGAAGAACUCACAGCGGAGAGAGACCUUAUGAAUGUAAGGAAUGUGGGAAAACCUUUACUGAUUACUCAGCCCUCAAUAAACACAGAAGAAUUCACAGUGGAGAGAGGCCUUACGAAUGUAAGGAAUGUGGGAAAGCCUUCAGUCGUUCCUCACACCUCACUGCACACAUAAGAACUCACAGUGGAGAGAGACCUUAUGAAUGUAAGGAAUGUGGGAAAACUUUUAGUCGUUCCUAUUGCCUCUCUGAACACUUAAGAACUCACAGUGGAGAGAGACCGUAUGAAUGUAAGGAAUGUGGGAAAGCCUUUAGGUGUGCCUCAGACCUCACCAAACAUAUAAGAACACACAGUGGAGAGAGGCCGUAUGAAUGUAAAGAAUGUGGGAAAGGCUUUAGGCAAGCCUCAAGCCUCAAUACGCACAGAAGAAUUCACAGUGGAGAGAAGCCUUAUGAAUGUAAGGGAUGUGGGAAAACUUUCCGUUGCUCCUCACAUCUCACUUCACAUAUCAGAACUCAUGGCAGCGAUGCUCCUCUGUGUCAGAGGUGGGAUGUGUCAUCCUUAUUGCUGUAG